AAGCGGGGUAUGCUCUUGUCGACUGCUUCAUAUAUCGCUAUUUCCAAAACAGACUACUUGCCACCGUUUUUUCUUCCGUCAUCUAGUUCUCCGUUAAUAUGCAGCUGUAAACACGACGGCCAAGAGAGUUUGUGAAAUGCUGGCGUAAAACCAGUAAAAAUGCACAGCCGCUUACAGGAGUUGAAAAAGGAAGAGGAGACUCUCCUCAAAAUCAAAGUCAUGCUACAAGACCAGCUGAACAGGUUAAAGUUUGAAGAAGGUGCUUUGAAAUCAAUCAUAAGAGCUCAAACUGAGGAAGCAGCACCUGAAUGCCCAUCUCCAGAAAUUGAGGACAUCAACCUCGACGAUGAAAACAAGAUAAACUGCACCAAGCUUCUGCUGAACACCGCUGCUGAUUAUGAUAUGGAGGAGGAAGAGGAAGAAGAUGAGGACGAAGAAGAAGAAGAAGAGGAGGAGAAUGAAGAGGAGAACGAAGACGACGACAAUGAGUUUGGGUUUGUGCCCGACGGGAAUGAUGAUGAAGAAGAUGACGAUGAUUACUGAGCUGCUUAACUUCCUUGAUGCGUAACGUGACCUCAGUGUUUAAACAAUCCAACAACACGUUAUAUAGAUGUGUUUAUUUGUCCGCAGAUGUAAUAUUUUCAUUUAAUUUAUUGUCGCGGAGUUUGGGGGUUGUUGGAUUCAAAUGUGGUGCUCAUAUCGUAUUCUUCCCACUGAUGAAAGGCAUUAGGGUGUCAGUAAGUUUUAUGAUCUGUGUUUCAAGUGUAGAUAGAAACGUCACACCAAAAUAGCCUUUGAUGUUUAGAUGCUUCUUCCCCAUCAGUCAGACUAUAGGGUGCCACUGUUUAGCUGAAAACCACAAAUCAAAUGUUGAAACGUGCCUGUUAGCAUUAAUAGGUAUGGCUGGGCCAUAGAAAAAUAGCAUAAGCACAAAAUAAACGUUUUGGUAUGUGUUUUUUUUUUUUAUGUUCUAGAAGACAAUUUUUAUUUACAUUUGUUACUGACUUGACUUUGGUGAGAAUUAUGAGCGUAAAUGAUUUUCUUAUUAAAAUAAUGUGUCAAAACCA